AACCAACUUUGUAGACCAGUAAGUAAUCACUGCCAAUUAAUAUGUUUGGUGCAUCUAAUAGCAAUACAAGUGGUGGUGGGUUGUUUGGAUCGUCAAACACCGCAACUUCGGGUAAUUUAUUCGGUCAGAACUCAGGGUCAGCUGCACCUGCUUUUGGACAAACGACAGGGACAACGACUGGUUUUGGGCAACAACAACAACAACCAGGUUCUACAUUUGGAUCAGCCACUACUGGUGGUACAACCAAUGCAUUUGGAUCAAAUACUGGGACAACUGGUGGGUUGUUUGGGCAACAACAACAACAGCAACAGCCAAGUACUGGUACCGGGUUUGGAUCUUCAGGUACUACAGGAACAGGAUUGUUUGGACAAAGUAAUACCAAUACCCAACAAUCUAGUGGAUUAUUUGGAAAUACAUCUAAUGCUGCAACUGGUUCUACUUUUGGAAAGCCAGCUGGUACUACUGGCGGUUUGUUUGGUUCUGGAAAUACUCAAACCAGUACCUCUACACAGCCAUUGUUCGGACAAGCAAAUAAUACUGCUGCUCCUGCCGCUGGUGGAUUGUUUGGAGGUAGUUCUACAACUGCUCCAUCUUCUUCAGGCGGUCUUUUUGGUAAUAAACCUGCUACAACUACUCAACCUGGAGGUCUCUUUGGAUCAACUGCACCUGCUUCAACCACUACAGGAACCUCGGGUGGGUUAUUUGGAAAUAAACCUGCCACUGGCGGUCUCUUUGGAGGACAACAACAACAACAACAACAGCAACCUCAACAACAAGCUCAGCAAAGUGGAUUAUUUUCCAACAACACAACUAAUACGCAACAACCUUCAUUCACUUGGAGUCAACCACAACAAACUCAACCAUUACAGAACACAAAUACAGUCACCACCACAUUCACUCAAGCAAACACCAAUAUUAAUACCUACACACCAGCAAUUAAUGACCAAUUAAUCAAAAUCUGGGAGCAAUGGGAUCCAAACUCUGCCAAGUGUGCGUUGAAAACCCAUUUGUAUAAUAAAUUUUCUGACCAAGAAAUUUCUAUAUUACUUCAACAACAAAGACCUGCCAAUGAAACACCCGAGGAUUGGGACAAUGCCAUGGAUAAGCGUCCCGGAGCUAACUAUUAUCCUAUAAAAGUCACUUCAUUUAAUGAUAUUGCUCAAAGAAUUGAAACUCAAUUGGACCAUGUUGCUAAAUCUAGGGUUUUACUUAAUUCCAUGAAUGAAAAAUUGAAUUUAGUUUCUACAAAACAUGAUUUGGAAAACACCACAAGAAUAUUAAAGGCUAAAGCUAGACAUACUAAAUUAUCAAGAAGAUUAUUGAGAUUAGCUACCGUGUUGGCUAUUUUGAAAUUGAAAGGAUAUCCUUUAUUGCCCGAAGAAGAAGAGAUUUCUAAACAAUUUGAUUUACUAAUUUCAAAAUUAAAUGACCCAAGUAGCUCGAUUGGGAAAUUAAGUGAUAUUUUCGCUAGAUUGACUAUAUUAAAAGAAAGAGCCGAGGAUUUGAAUUAUAGAUUUGAUAACUCAAUCAAUGUAUUGAAUAGUGGGUUAGCUUCAGGAAGUAGUGAGCCUGAACAGAAAGCCAAGGAUUCUGGUAACACCGAUGAAACUAUCAACAAAAUUUCCAAAGUGUUGUUGAAACAACAAAUGGGAUUGAAUUAUUUGAAUGAUGUUUUAGAAAAAGACUUGGAACAGUUGAAUAAAUUAGAAAAGAACUAGGUACUAUAUACAAGCAAUGUAAAUUAAGACAAAAACCGUUUUAGUAUGAAUGUAGGAUGGUCAUAUGUGACAAUGGAUCUAAAUUUAUGGAAUGUUCGAUAGUUGUGUCUCAUUUUAGCGCGGACCAUGUCCUUGUCUAAAUCGCAAGAUUCAAAUGAUAUGAAUGGAUUAUCAACAGUUGCAUCAGUAAGUGUAUACUUUGACAUAUCUUGCGUGUUGUCACUUAAUGUGUGUAGGUACUGUAGUUUGCUCUCGCCGGAUUGGAACUGUUGAUCAUCUACAGUCAAGGAGUGUCGAGGAAUAGCCACCAAAUUGUUUAUCUUAUUAACCAACUUUUGCUUUUCCUGUUGGAUAUCUAUCGUAGGGUCUUGAGGUAUCGAAGCAUCCUUAUCGAAUAAAUCUCCCGUUUUUGAGUCUACUGGACCCAUGUGAUGCAACCUGGGGUUGACACUGUACAAUAACUUGAGAUAGAAGCCGGAUUUGUUGUAGGAUUGGUAUGCUAAUGGAGUGGCUGUGGCAGUCUCUAGUGAAGACAAUGUCUUGAAAUGUCGCAUCAAAUAUUCCAACUCUGUAGCUGUUUUAGGUGGUGGGGACAAGGAUAUGAUCGCUGCGACAUGGUUCUUAAAGUAAUUUCGAACUUGCUUGUUCGUCAAAUGCAGCAACGUGCUCAUCUUCACCAGUCGUCUGGAUACAAAUGUUACCACGGAAGGAUUUGCACGUCAAAAUAUUUCCGCAGACUUUUUUUUUGCACUUCCUUUAAAGCACUUGGCAAACAACCAUGGACCAAGAUGAUAUAGUCACAAAGAUAACAAACAAGCUAUCUACAUACUUGAACAAACCCAUCCAUGUCAAUCUAACAAAGUCAAUCAUAUCGCAAUUCGAAAAGAACAACUCGUUUGAUCCCUUUGCCCAAUUUGUGAAAGUCUUGGGGAUAUCACAGGACCAUGCCAAUGAGUUGUUUCAUGACCUUGAUUCUGAAUUGCAUGGAAUAAUAGCAAAGCCAAAGCCGAAAAUGCGACGUGCUUCACUUGAAGACGAGCUAGAUCUUGAGCUUGCCAAGCCGGCAGCGCCAAAAUUUAAACGAAUGAAGAAACAAGAUGCAUUACGCAUAAAACAGGAAACACCAACGCCUAGCCCGGCCGCUUCUCCAGCUUCUCCAGCUUCUCCGGCUUCCCCAAGUGCCAAUCCACGAGAUUCAGUAAAAAAGACAAUCCAUGCAUCCAAUAAAGAGGAAUACGCCCCUAUAACCCCAAGUUCAGAAGAAUCUCUAGAUGAACUAGAAACAAACAUUGAAACAGAACGAGAAUGGUACACCAUAGACGAAGAAGGAACAUACGCCAGAGACGACGAGUUUUCGGAAAAUUUCACCUCAUCUAGACAGUACAAGAGAACUAAGGUUGCAAGUACGGGAUAUGAUCCACUCACAGGAGAAUAUAUAGACACAGAUCAUACCGCCGACCACGACUUUUCUCGAAUUCCUAUAAUAAACCACGUUUUCAUACCUCCUUUCUUGCAAGCUUCUCAAGAGUAUUUACAACUCCAGAUCACUGGUGGCAGUAUCAGAGGUAUUGGUCCUACUGUCAAUCCCAUAAAGGACUCCACUUCAGAAUUGGCAAUUAUGGCACGAACUGGAUCCAUGACUGUACAAACGAGAAGAACCCAAAAGGAACGCGCGUUACAAGCUAAAGAAAGAACGGGCGUUUCGCACGAGUCUACCACUGAUGCCAAUCCAGAUAAACAAGAAAAGAAACCAGAAGAUGAUACAAAUAGAGAAACAAUUCUCGAACAAAGAAGAAAUCUUCCCGCAUUUGCAGUCAAACAUGAUCUUAUCACUACCAUCAGAGAUAAUCAAGUAACAAUCAUCAUCGGGGAAACUGGGUCCGGUAAAACUACCCAAUUGACUCAAUAUUUGUAUGAAGAAGGAUUCACUAAUCUUAACGGAGUGAAACAAGUAAUUGCAUGUACACAACCAAGAAGAGUGGCUGCAAUGUCGGUUGCCAAACGUGUAAGUGAAGAAAUGAAUUGUAAAUUAGGACAAGAGGUGGGGUUUACUAUUAGAUUUGAAGACAAGACUGAUCCAAAUAAGACAAUUAUAAAGUACAUGACUGAAGGUAUUCUACUUAGAGAGAUACUUGUUGAUCCAAUGUUGACUAACUACAGUUGUAUUAUAAUCGAUGAAGCUCACGAGAGAUCACUAAACACUGAUAUUUUACUAGGGCUUUUCCGCAAUUUGCUAAUGAAAAGACGGGACCUUAAAUUAAUAGUCACAAGUGCAACCAUGAAUGCAGAUAAAUUUACUCGAUUCUUUGGAACAGCACCACAAUUUACCAUUCCAGGUAGAACAUACCCGGUUGAAGUAUUUUUCAAUAAGAAUACAUGUUCAGAUUAUGUCGAAGCUGCAGUUAAGCAAAUACUUACUGUACAUUUACGAAACAGCAGCAUGAGCUCAGGCGAGUAUGUCAACGAUGGUGAUAUUCUUGUAUUUAUGACUGGUCAAGAAGACAUUGAAAUAACGUGUGAUUUACUUCGAGAAAAACUUGAUCUUCUUGAAAAUCCUCCACCGUUGGAUAUUUACCCUAUUUAUUCUACCAUGCCUAGUGAUUUACAGCGAAAGAUAUUCACCAAGAAGAAUUUGCGUCGUAGGAAAGUUGUUGUGGCUACCAAUAUUGCCGAAACUUCCUUGACUGUGGAUGGAAUCAAAUAUGUCAUUGAUUGUGGAUUAGUCAAGGUGAAAUUAUACAACCCCAAGUUAUCAAUGGAUACAUUACAAGUUGUCCCUAUAUCAUUAGCCAAUGCUGACCAAAGAAGUGGUAGAGCAGGUAGAGUUGGGCCCGGAAUAACGUACAGAUUAUAUACUGAACGAGCAAUUGAUUCAAUGUACAUCCAACCAAUACCGGAAAUCCAAAGAACUAAUCUCUGCAAUAGUAUGUUAUUACUAAAAUCAUUACACAUCGAAGACAUAAACAGGUUCCCAUUUUUGGAUUCGCCACCAAAGGACUUGUUGAAUUGUUCAUUAUAUGACUUAUGGGCCAUUGGAGCAUUGGAUAAUCUUGGAGCAUUGACACAAUUGGGUAAAUCAAUGACUAAAUUCCCAAUCGAGCCAACAUUAGCAAAAUUGAUUUUAUUAGCUAGUCGCCCCGAGUUCCACUGUUCUGAAGAGAUGAUAACCAUUGUGGCUAUGUUAUCGGUGCCAAAUAUUUUUAGCAGACCCAAAGAAAGAGCAAAAGAGGCAGAUAUGGCCCGGGAUAAAUUUGUCAUUGCUGAAUCCGACCACUUGACCUUGUUGAAUGUUUACACUCAGUGGAAUAUAAACAUGGGUAAACGGAUAAAUAUAAGUGCUUGGUGUAACAAGAAUUUCCUCCAGUUGAAAUCAUUACUUCGUGUGAAGGAUAUUAGGAAGCAAUUACUUUUAAUCAUGAAUAGCAGCAAGUUACCAUUAUUGAAAUCUCGAUCUGACGAUGAUAUAAGAAAAUGCCUCGCAGCUUCAUUUUACCAUCAAGCAGCAAAACUAACGAAGAUGAACUUGAGUGGGAACCCAGAGUUUGUAAGCUUACGUCAUAAUUAUAUGAAGAUGUACUUGCACCCAACAAGUUCAUUGUUGGAUAGUAACUUAUCCACGAAUUUUGUCAUUUAUCAUGAAUUAGUGCUUACGACUAAAGAAUAUAUGAAUUAUAUUACUGUUGUUGAUCCUAUGUGGUUAUUGCAAUUUGGAUACAAGUUUUAUACUGUUGCUGAUUCAUACAAGGAUAAAAUCAAUCUUCCAAUUACUAAGAAAAACGGUAGAAAUGAUUGCACCAACACCAGGUUCCACAACCUCAAGAUCAUCCAAGGUUUCCGGAUGACUGAUUGCAAUAUAUUCAACUUCAAAUUCUGGAUCGGCCUUGAUGACUGGUUCAAUGACAUUCAUGAUUUCCUUGGCUGGAACAGGGGCUUUCUUGUCGUUGUAGAAAGCUUCACCUGAAUGCAAAGCUUUGUAUAUAAUUGAACUUCUGUUUUUCAUUUCCUGCGACAAGUAUUGGUUUCUGGAGGACAUGGCUAAUCCGUUAGCUUCCCUCAAGGUAGGCAAUACCCUAACAGUGGUGUCCAUAAUUAAAUCCUUGACCAAGUUCUUAAUAACCACACAUUGUUGAGCAUCUUUUUGACCAAAGUAGAUUUGGCUUGGGGUGACGAUGUUGAUUAAUUUUGUCACCACGGUAGCAACUCCUCGGAAAAACUUAGGUCUGCUUUUACCUUCCAAUUGUUCGGAACAUCCUUGAACAGUAACAAACGCACCACGUUGCUUUUCAACAUCAAGAGUUAUACCGGAAGGGUACAUCUCCGUCACCUUUGGGAUAAAAACAGCAUCAACUUUCUUGCCGUUGCUCUCUUCCAAUAAUUCCAAAUCAUGGUCGAUUGUUCUUGGAUACGAGUCUAAAUCUUCAUGAGGAGCAAACUGGGAGGGGUUGACGAAUAUGGAAACUAUGGUCUUGUCAUUGUCUUCUAACGAUUGGUUGAUUAAUGAUAUAUGACCGGCAUGUAAGGCUCCCAUGGUGGGGAUGAACCCGACGGAUUCCUGAUUAAGCAAACAUUGUAAUCUCCACUGUCUUACUUGUUUCACGGUACGGAAAAUUUGCAUGCUACCUGAGACUGUCAUCUUUACUGGUAUGAAGUUUGUAAUUAUGGUCGUCUCGUAUGGAGUACUAACUAAAUAUAUAAGUGAAAAAAAAAGAAAAAGAAAAAAAAAAAUAAUUUCUUUUCCUCGGGCAUCUUUGUCAGAUCAGAAGCCGCGACGGAAAUAACCAGUGUCCGUUAUUCACACAACCUGACGUAGU